AUGGCGAAAGCGACCACCAUCAAGGAGGCUCUGAAAAGAAUGGAGGAUCGCACGAAAACCAACUCGUGCGAUGAGAAAGAAAUCGACCUCUGCUUUCAGUGGCCACCGAUUGAAAAGAUGGACACUAGUUUCUCCACACUCAUCGCAUGCCAGAAGCUAUCACUCUCAACGAACAUGAUCGAUAAGAUCUACGGUUUGAGCGGAAUGAAAAAUCUGCGCAUCCUCUCACUUGGCCGGAACUACAUUAAAGCCAUAUCGGGCCUGGAAGGCGUAAGCGACACGCUGGAAGAACUCUGGAUCAGCUACAAUCUGGUUGAGAAGUUGAAAGGCAUUAGUGUGCUGAAACGGUUAAAGGUGCUGUACAUGAGCAACAAUCAAGUCAAGGAUUGGAUUGAAUUUAAUCGUUUGGCCGAUUUACCGAUGCUGGAAGACUUGCUGUUCGCGGGCAACCCUCUCGUGGAGUCAAUGGAGGAAAGCAUCUGGCGGGCGGAGGCCAGCAAGCGGUUGUUGUCGCUGAAGAAGCUCGACGGCGAAACGGUUAUAAGAGAGGAAGCGGAAAACGCAAACCAACAGGGGGGCGGUGUAUCGGAGAAGUAG